ACGCUCGGUCGCUCAUUAGAGCCUUACCAUCUCACUUUCGUUUGUCAAUGAAAUCAGUAGCGAAUACAAACUCUUUCUGAUCUGUUGCCUCACCCCCCUUCGUCUGGAAACCUCACGCCUCACGGUUUCAAAUUUGUCCGGUCGCUUCGGUGUGUUCUGUUUUUUUUUGCCGCAACUUCUAAACCACUUUGAAUAGUGUCGUCCUUUUUCUGCAUCCCAACGCCGUCGUUACAUAACGGAAAACGACCGAUUGAAUUGCGGUAAACCGUCAAGGCCAGCUACGCUUCGCAUCCGACGGUAGCGCGCAGGUGCUAGCUGUCUAUUUUUGUUUACAAAACAGCAGGCCGUGGAAAGCGCGGCGCAGAAGCGAAACAUUUUUCACGCCGCCAGAACAGCUGACAUGACAGUUCCAUUUUGAAUUGCGUCGGGAGAAAAUGUCGAAAAAGUUGCCGGUCCGUAUGCUGACUCAGCUUACGUUGGCGGAGGUGGCCGGUUCGAUUGUGAUCGCCAUCGAAAACAUGCUCCAGACGACGUACAACUUCGGCGUGGAACCGGACUUCACCCUGCUGAUAGUGGAGAUCAACUCGUACCUGGAGAAUAUGGGAGCUACCGCUGCCAUCUACGAAGAUCUGCUGCGAGUGAUUUUGACGUCGGAUUCUUUGGAGGCGUCGACGAGAUUUUGCUGUUUACAAAUGCUGCUGAACGAAAGUGUUCACACACUGGCCACGGAGAUAUUUCCGUUUUCCUACUACGAACGGAUUCUGCACGUGAUCGCUUCCCAGGGUCGAGGACUACGGCAGCUGAACAUGAAGGGUGUUUGGGUGAAGGAAGAUUGUCUUUGUUUUAUGUACGAAAUCAUCAAGCAUCUACCGCAUCUGACGAAGUUGACUAUUCCGCACAUUGCCAAUGACAAUCUGCUGAAGCACAUUGGGGACUAUUCCAAGAACCUUCGGAACUUGGACGUCAGUGGAGAUACCGAUAUCACCGAGAUUGGUUUGGAAUAUCUUUGCUAUGGUGAGUCGAAGAAUAGCCUAACAAUUUUGGAUAUUGGUUCGUUGGGUGAGGAAAAUAUUUGUCACACGGACAUCGCGUUGGUCGUCAUGAACCUACCGAACCUUGUCAGCUUAGCCAGUUACUCGUUCGUCGGCCAAAGUCUUCUGUACAUUUUAGAACAGAAGAAUGCCGGUUUCAAGUGCAAACUAGCUUACAUUCACGACACGAAAACUAAGGCCAAACAACUGGACGCUAUCGUUAGCACCUGUCCGAAUCUAGUGGAUCUGUACUUGGACCGUCCGGAUUCCGGUAUCCUAACGAAACUAUCCAAUGUUCACCUGCGAAGACUGAAGCUGUAUAAGUUUAGCUGUGCGGAACUGUUCACCCUGGUCGAAACCAUUGGGAACUCCAUGCGGCACCUAACUGUGAUAAAAGGUCGCGGAACGUUGGAAAUCCAUCGCCUGAUACGGUGCUGUCCGAACCUGAUCGAUCUCGAUUUCUACAUGAUGGAUUCGUUGACGUUCUCCGGUGAUCGUGGGUUCCGUGAUCUGCAGGGACUGGAAAUCCUUAGCAGUCCCAUUUCCCAACCGGGACUUCAUAGUUUGCUUGGUUUGUUGACCACCCUGAAGCGGCUGGCGAUCGACAGUGUCACCUUCAACGAUGAGGAUUUCUGCUCACUGAUGAUCGAGAAGAACUUCUAUCAGCUGGAGGACAUUUGGUUCACGACGGCUCCUCACAUGUCGAUGACUAGCGUCGAGAUAUUGAUGGAUCGCUGUCCGGAGCUGCAGAGCCUUGGCCAGCUGAGCGGUUGGUCGCUGACACCCGACGACGUUUCGUUGCUCCGAGGGAUACUGAAAAGCUGCAACUCGGCCCUGGUACUGUCACCCAGCAGUAUUUUCCCGUAAACCAUUGUUCACCAUUUCAUCGUCUCAUGAAUCAUCAAUUCAUCCUGAAUGAAAAGACAUGACGAAAUGCGGAUACGGAAUCCGUAGAUGUUUUUUUUGUCCUGUUUGUUUUUUUUUAUCGGUGGUCACCAAUAUAUCAUCGGUUUGUGUGUUCAGUUUCAGUGUUAGUCAUUUACUAAUGAGGUCUCCUUCGUCUCCUUACCCGUUCCCUUCUUCCAGAUGGUGCAGUCACUGUAAGGCCAUGGCGAUUGUUACGAAACCGUUAUUAAAAAGAACUAUUACUUCGAA